GUCAACGAGAGCAAAAAAGCAAUCAUUUGACAUUUGCUGGUUUGUCAAAUUGACAACUUCUCUUCUGUCAACUUUUGCGUUAGACAGGUUAUCUAAAAUGGCCAAACGCACGAAAAAGGUCGGAAUCACUGGCAAAUAUGGCACACGUUACGGUGCGUCCCUCCGUAAAAUGGUUAAGAAGAUGGAAGUGACACAGCACGCAAAAUACACUUGUUCCUUCUGUGGCAAGGAUGCCAUGAAGCGGUCGUGCGUUGGCAUUUGGUCAUGCAAGCGCUGCAAGAGGACAGUAGCUGGAGGUGCCUGGGUAUUCUCCACUACCGCCGCCUCUUCCUGCCGAUCUGCAGUCAGAAGGUUGCGUGAGGUCAAGUAAACAUCUGAUGCUAGGUUAAGCCAAUAAAUGCAAAAACCAA